UGUCAGCAAAGCGUCGCGGGUCAUGUGCGAUCUGAAGACGGACACUGAACGGACUAACACCGGAGAGGACGCUUUGGCGGAUUAAUUGAAUGGCGGAAAGAUUUCGGAGCGAAGGGCGAAAUCAAUAACAAAUUUACAGACCAUGAACUAUGUGGGUCAGUUGGCGGGCCAGGUAUUUGUGCAGGUCAAGGAGCUUUACAGGGGACUCAACCCUGCAACACUGUCUGGAUGUAUAGAUGUCAUCGUGGUCCGGCAGCCCGAUGGCUCCAUGCAGUGCUCCCCCUUCCACGUACGCUUCGGAAAGAUGGGCGUCCUGCGGUCUCGUGAGAAAGUGGUGGACAUAGAAAUUAAUGGAGAGCCAGUGAGUUUGCACAUGAAGCUGGGAGAGAAUGGAGAGGCCUUCUUCGUCGAAGAGACUGAGAACACUUUGGAAAAACUUCCAUCCUACCUAGCAACGUCACCCAUCAUGUCAACUGGGGCAGAGUUAAUGGAGUCUCAGUUAGGCAGGGGCUGUUCUCGUCACCAUGAUACCAUCCCCUGCAGCUCACUUCCUGUCCUGAGCCUAGGACUGCAGCAAAUCGAUGGCGGCAUGAUCAAGAAGAGGAGGAAGAAGAGGAGGAAGACACGGCUAGAGACAGGCGGUGGAGGAGGAGGAGGGAGGAGAGAGGAGAGCGGAGAAGAGUUCUCAGAGGACCAAGAUAUGUUUACUAUUGACUUGAGUUCGGACGAGGAGAGAGAGAGUGACAACAGGCUUGUGUAUGGUGAUCAGGGGUCCACAGCCAACACGCACACACACCCCAGCACUGAUUGGAUCCGUCCACAGAGUCACAUGAGUAAGGAUACUCUCUCAAUCCCUCCACCCUGUGGUCUGUCUAUGUCGUGUCCUCAGAAGAUUUCUCACUUCUCCAGCCCUGUUAGCAGCCCCGACAAUUCUAGGUCAUCAACGCCGAAGAGCGACUCAGAGCUAACCAAUCAGAACAAAGACAACCCUGAGAUGAUGUGGACCUGGGGGGAGCUGCCACAAGCUGCCCAGCCAUCCUUCUUGAGUUCCCUCCAGAAGCAAGACCCUGCCACAGCAGUCUCCAUCCCAGUGUCUGCCAGCACUCACUUCAGAGCCAUCAGUGACACUGGACCCCCCUCCUUAACCCUCUAUGCUCCCCAGUCAGGGGAGACUGCUGCUCAUGUUGAGGACAAAGACACUGAAGAAAGCAAAAAUAGAGCCGGGGUGGAAAUACCCACUCAGAUUGGGGACAGGGCUGGAGCCAGAGAGGUGGAAAGUGUUGGGCCAUCAUGUCCAGAGAUGGAGGGUCUCACAGCCUGCUCAGUGUCUCCCAGGAUUCUCCUUGAUCAUCUUGAUGAAGGUGGGAAUAGAGGAAGUCCCAUUAGAAGAACUGAUUCACCAUCAAAGAGGAAAGAAAAGAGAAGCCAACACCUCGGUGCUGAUGGCAUAUACCUGGACGACAUUACAGAGCUGGAGCCUGAAGUAGCUGCUCUCUACUUCCCUAAAAGUGACGGAGGCAGCAGCUCAAUGAAAGGGGACUCCGAGAUGAUGCUAAUGAUGGGAGUGCGGAGCGCCGAUCAGUCCCCACUGUCAGUGGGUAGCAGUGGGAUGGACAGCGGCGUAGACAGUUUGUCUGACCAAGUAGGGGACCUGCCUCAUGUUGCCAUCUCUUUGUGCGGAGGACUCACUGACAACAGCGAGAUCACAAGAGAGCAGUUCCAGGAGAGGGCAAUUUCCUACCUGCAGUUCUCUGAAAACCCUUCUAUUAUCGACGACCCUAACCUGGUGGUCAAGAUAGGAAACAAGUACUACAACUGGAACACGGCAGCUCCUGUCAUGUUGGCCAUGCAGGUCUACCAGAAACCACUGCCACAGGCCUCAGUGGAGAACAUCAUGAAGGAGAAGAUGCCAAAGAAAGGAGGACGCUGGUGGUUCUCAUGGAGGAGCAGGAACAGCGACUCCAAAUCAGAAUCAGUGACAGAUACAGGAGGGGACAGUGGAGACAGCUCUCUCACUAUGCCCUCAGGAAACGGGAUGAAGGAUGAGUCAUCCUCUAGCGAUGAGGACCACAGAUUGGCCAAUCAGGUGUCAGGAUCUUGCCCGUCAGAGCUCCUUGUGAGUUCAAGCAGCGUCUGUUAUAAGAAGACUCUUCGGCUCACCUCAGAGCAACUGGCUAGCCUGCAGCUGAAGGAAGGUCCUAAUGAAGUGGUGUUCAGUGUGACCACUCAGUACCAGGGCACCUGUCGUUGCAAUGGCACAAUCUAUCUUUGGAACUGGGAUGACAAGAUAGUCAUCUCUGAUAUAGAUGGUACCAUCACCAGGUCAGACACCCUGGGUCACAUCCUUCCCACACUGGGUAAAGACUGGACUCACCAGGGUAUCGCACGGCUCUACCACAAAGUCAGCCAGAAUGGAUAUAAAUUCAUGUACUGCUCAGCGAGGGCCAUUGGCAUGGCUGAUAUGACACGAGGCUACCUGCACUGGGUCAAUGAGAGGGGAACCAUGCUGCCAAUUGGCCCGGUGCUGCUCAGUCCGAGCAGUCUUUUUUCUGCCUUGCACAGGGAGGUGAUUGAGAAGAAACCAGAGAAGUUUAAGAUUGAGUGUCUCACAGACAUAAAGCAGCUGUUCUACCCCAAUACUGAACCUUUCUAUGCUGCUUUUGGCAACAGAGCUACGGAUGUAUAUUCCUAUAAGGAGGUGGGAGUUCCUCUGAACAGGAUUUUCACUGUCAAUCCCAAGGGAGAGCUGAUACAGGAGCAUGCCAAAACCCAUAUCUCCUCCUUUGGGCAACUGUGUGAGAUGGUUGACCAUGACUUCCCGGUCCUAGAUCUUGAUGAGGAAGCAGGCGUCCCUUGCUCUGACACUUUUAAACAGGGCAGCUGCUGGAGCGAACAACUUCCUGAUGGCACCAACCAGGAAGAAGACCCACAGCCACUUAAGACAAGCUGAGAAAAACCCAUCAAACUCAUCAUGUAUGAUGCUGCAUACAAGAUUGUGGUCUGUGGUUUAGUGAUUCAUCGUGUAGUCAGCAGCCCAGAUUCAGAGUGAAGGUGUUGGUUAUUUUAGAACAAAAAACGUGUCCAAGAACUUUAUCUGAUAAAAGAAUGAACCCCUGGCUCACUCAAGGAUCAAAGACUUUACUUAAGAUAACUAUUGAUUCAGAAUAAAUGAAUGUAUUUUCAAUAUCCCACAAAGACAAACCACCUUGCCAUCAAUGAACAGUGAAAACACAAGCAGAAGUUAGGGUAUAUUACAAAUAAGACUUUUUUUUAUAUAGGAAAGAACAAAAAAAUGCUGUUGAAUUUCAACCCUUGUUUGUGAGUGAGGCUAACUCAAAGAGUGCUCAACACAGAGUCAAAGACUCAAUUAUCACACAUUUCAAAGUGCACUGACUCACAGCCACACACACAAACAGAUACACAAACACUUAAGUAAAAUAAUGUAAAGGCGUUCUAUACAGAAUGCACAACAUUGCAAUACAUUACUAAAAUAUCCCACUGCAUGAUUUUGAGCUUCCUCAAAAAUGCCUUUGACUGGUUCCGAUUCUCUCCAUCGUCCCACACCACUCUUCAUUUGUGCUGGUUGAUAGAAAAACACAUAUAAUUAUUAAUAUUUUGCACUUGUAUGGCUUGCAUAGACUGUUAUCAAUAUUGGGUCAUCCCUUCUCAUAUCACCUGAUAACCAAUCUUUUUUAGAAGUCUAGCAGACAUUCUCCCAACUGGCUUCCACAAUUAAUAAAAAAUAUAUAAAUUACAUGUACAAGUCAGCUUUUCGAAACUCAAACCUGUUGGUGCAUCACUCAUUUUUGUACCUUGUUUAGGUAAAAAUACUUUCUGUUUAACUCAUUUUAUGCAAUAUAUUCACCAAAUAGUAAGAGGAGACUGGACAUCUUGGCUUUACCUUUACCAGGUAUGUAUCUGUAGUAAUCUUUUCUGACCUCAACUGCAAUGGAUACAGCAAAACACUUUGCUCCAUAAACACCAUGUAACCUUACAUAACAUUACAUUACAUUACCUUUCAUUACAUUAAAGCCAUCCAGAACAUGCAAAAAUAGCACAGAUAGUGAAUCUAGUCAUCUUUCUGUGCCAAACUCCUUUGCAGGUCCAGCUAUACGUGUGUGGUCUUCUGACCGUGCUACUGUGAAAUAUGUGGCUCUGGCACAUUUUCUUGUGUUCAGUGACAAUACACUAGAUAAAUGCAGGGCAAUGCAAAUAACUUAAGUCUGUGUUCUUUCUGUCUGUUUUUAUACAGGCAAAUAAGUGAACUCCAGUGAUAUGCUAGAAUGUAGUAUAUAAAUCAGUCAGAGUGUAUGUUAUUACAUAUAAUUAUGUAUAAUGACUAAUGCUCAUCAAUGCAAUUACUACAGAAGCCCAUACAGGGCUAUGGUCAUAUAUUUUAAGUUUUGAAGGGUUGUUACUACUCAGAUCAGUAUACUUUAAUGCACAGCACUAAUCUGUCAUGUAAUUGAGCAGUAUAAAUGCAGUAUAUUCAAAUACUGUACAAUUUUCUCUUCACAAACACAUCUAUUUUUUUCUCAUGUGUACAUACUUCUUUAUUUGUUAUCAAAUGUUUAUGUUUUUAUUCAUUGAUCAAAUAACAUCUACUGUACUGCAUUUAUGUGAGAUGGAAGCCUGUGUGUAUUUUCUAUCACGUCUAACUUAAAAUGGGAAAACCACGGUAAAUAAUGAUUAACAGUAUUUUUUGGAGACUAUAUGAAGUGAACUCUAAACAAACAAACUAUAUAUUUUCUAAAAUACUUUGUUACUGGUGUUCAUUGAAAUGCACUUGCAACCAUUGUAUUCUUUACUGUGAAUUUGUUCUUAAACCGGCCACCUCCUGUUGCAGGAAUGGCAGUUUCAGCAUGAAAAGAAUACUGUAUUAUAUAUUGCAGUUUUGAAUGCCCGACAGCUUCAAGAAAAGGAAAAAGAUUAUGUUUGUACCUCUCUCAAGAUUUUAAAUAAUCGGAAAACGAUUAAGAAAAAUGAAAGUAUGAUCGGAAUGCAAGAAAACUGAUAACAGAGGAGCCCCCUGACAGUGACUGAGUCUGUUAUACUGCUAAAUACUUGUGCAUAAGAUAGAUAUGUCUGAUGCUGUACUGUGAUUUACUUUAGCUAAAAGAAAACUAAUGAGGAAUUAACCUUUUAAACUGUUGAUGUUCACAGGCCUUUGGGGAGACCACUGUAAAUUGUGUAAAAGCAAACUGUGCAGAGUGCGCAUGCUGUUGUAAAGCUACGAUGCCUAAUUACGUAGAUAGUAUGAUCACUGUCUUGUCACCUGAUCUUUGUACGGAAGUGCAUUGCUUUAGUAUUGUUUUCAGUCUGUCAAAAAUGCCAAGACAUUUUACCUUGUAAUUAUUUUAGCCAAAAACCCAUUGAUCUGUGUGAUGUCACUUUUGAUACUCAAAAGAUACUUCUUCCUUGUAGUCUUGUAAUUAUAGUAUAAAGAACUCCUAAUUGUGUGAUAAAAUAUUUUGAUUUGUUUGAUGAUUAUCACCUGAUUCUUUCUGUGAAAGAUCUAUAAAAAACUCUUG